AAAAAAAAAAAAAAAAAAAAAUCCCGCACUUGCAAACGACUCAGCAUGUCCUCUUUUACACUGGAGACCACCCUUGAUACCAAGACACCUGAUGUCAUCGAGUUCUUGGGGCCACCUAGCGCGGCUAUACAACAUCAGAUCUCAGGUACUCUUCGCCUACGUGUUCAAAAGGCCGUUCAAUUGAAGCAGCUCUCCGUUGUGUUUCAUGGAGAAGCCCAUUUCUCAUACACCACAUCCGUGGUUGGAGUUGCCGUGCAAAGCGAUGGGGUCAAUAUUGCUCACAUCGAAGUUCAACUCAUCAAGUCAACUACUCAAUAUCAGCCAGGAGAAUACACAUUCCCUUUUCAGCUCAGUCUUCCUGGUGAUUUGGUUACAACUGCUUCCUCGAGCUUGAAGUCCAGCAUUCUCACGUGGACAUAUGAACUCAUCAGCACUGCAAUGCCCACAGGGUUGUUCGCCAGACGCAGAGUCGCUCACCAGCCUCUGGCACUCAAGAGAGUCAACGUGCAGCCAUCAGAUACAUCGAGCGUACGGUAUGGUGUGAAGCGGCCAGAUGAAUUCGAGUGCUCUAUGUACGCGCCAAAGUUCAUCGGCGCCCAGGAGACAAAGAUCCACCUCAGUGUAUAUUCACACCCCUAUAAGCACACUUAUCGAGUCAAAGAGAUUCUCGCACAAGCAAUCCAGAUGGAGAAGGUUUGCUUUGACUCGAGGCAACUUGAAAAGUCGAUACGGAGAAUCAAGGAAUCUUUACCCUCUGGGAUAAAUCCUGACCCGAUUGCGAUCAAGACGGCUGGCAUCACCGAUGAGGAUGAUCGCCCUUCCUUCGUCAAGACUGACAAUGCCAAGGCCCUCAGCAAGACCAUCACUCUUGCGAACCCAGAUCAGGAAGAGUUUUCAGCCGCGUGGGGCCGGGAGCAUCCCAUUGAGUUCGAAUUGGAUAUAGACCCUGGCGAAAUGGUUCCGGACGAGACACUAGACUGGAUAAAGAUCGCGCACGGUGUUCGCUUCACCAUUGUUUUUGUGGAUCCAAAUGUCCGCAACCUGGUUGUGAUGGCACCAUUCCAGGUCAGCAAUGUUCUUGAAGAGGGUUGGUCUACUCAUCCUGCGCCCGAGGGCUUGACGCCUCCGGACUAUGGCGUGGAUGAUGGCCACUCGACCCUGUUGGAUUCUAACACGACUCGAAUGAGCCGCCAGCAGCUGCAUCGUGAGCUAUAUCCAGAGAGAGAGCUGAUCGUGCCAGAUCUGGCGGACGACUUGCCGCCGGUGUACGAGCACGAGGAAGAAUCACCUGUACCGUACACUGAAAAGCAAGAGCCAUAGUUCUCCACGCGAUUUCUCUCUAGUCAUAUCUAUCCUUUCUAUGCCGUAUACCUCCUCCUCAGAACUGUAGCAUAAUAAAUUGAGCACGAGCUGUCUUUAAAC